GCACUGAACACACCCAGCUGUUUUCAUUGUUUGACAUUUUGCUUUGCUCUCUUCACUAGUGACUUUUUAAUUUUGUCGAAAAUUGUUUUAUUGGUAAAAGUGAGUUUUGCAAGAUAUUUAAUAUAAAUUAAGGUAAAUAUUUACCAGUAAAACGGAUCCUGUAUUACGCGAGAUGAAGCCAACGCCGGCUGCUGAUGAAAUGUUCAGUACGGACAUGGAGGAGUCCGGCAGCUCCUCUGGUCUACUCAUCGAUCUGCCAACUAAUGAGAAGCAAGUUCAUGCAGACUUCUACAAUGAUUUUGAUGACUUAUUUGAUGAUGAUGACGACGCACCAGUAAACGACAGUGAAUAAAUCUAUCAUAACAUUAAUUUUCGGCAUUGUAUUAAUAACUAAAUAUAUAUAAGUAGAUCUACAUAUGUAACUAAUAAAAGAGCAUAUUUUUAUUUGAAGGUCAA